UGCGGCUUUGGCGCAUUAUAAAUACCACUUGUGAUGCACCGGCAAGUCUUGGUCGUGAGGAAGCUCAGGGUUGCAGUAGUACAUCAGUCCUUUUUCUUUCCAUAACAAAGAAGACCAUCAUCCAUCUUUUAUUUUUUUUCUCCCCAAUUUCAGUUCAUUUCAGGCCAGUUGCAUGCAUUGUGCGUCUCCAAAAAUGGUUUGCGAGACUAAAAUUGUUGCAGACGAACACGAGGCCAUAGCUGGGACCAAAAAAGAUUCAAUUAUAGUUUCCUCCUCGCAGAUGUGGACGUCUUCUUCUCCGUCCCCCAGUGCGCUCGAGAGUAAGAUUGAGAAACGGAACCAGGUUUUUAUCCGCGAGUUUGAACGCUCGGACCAUGAGGAGGUGCGGCGGAUCUUCAACGAGGGGAUCAUGGAGCGGAUACCCAAUUCGGCAUUUCGGGGUCUAAAACAGCAAACUACAACCCAGUUUAUGUAUGCGUUUCUCACAGUAAUGUGCUAUGUUAUGACCAAAUCCUUCACACUGACCUUCUGCGCACCGUUUAUUCUAAUGGGCGCACGCUAUUACUACAGCAGAAAAGUCAUUCUCAGCUACCUGGACUGCGCCCUGCACACAGAUAUGGCGGACAUUGAGGCAUAUUACAUGAAACCCACAGGGUCUUGUUUCUGGGUGGCGGUUUUGCAAGGCCAGGUGGUGGGCAUCGUGGCAGCGCAAGGUCGGGAAGAUGACAACACCGUGGAGCUCCGUCGCAUGUCAGUGGACUCUCACUUCCGUGGAAAAGGCAUCGCCAAGGCUCUGGGUCGGCGCGUUAUUGAAUUUGCCAUGUUAAACAACUACUCGGCCGUGGUUCUGGGAACAACGGCAGUCAAGAUGGCCGCCCACAAGCUGUACGAGUCUUUGGGUUUCCGAAGAGUGGGAGAGACGGAGGACUACACGCUGCCAGGAAUGACCCGUUCACCGCUGGAGAGGCUCUUCUUCCAGAUUCGCUACAGCCAUUACCGAUUGCAGCUUCAUGAAGAGUGAGAAACAGAGAGUUCACUUGAACGUAGAAAACAGAAUACAAACGACGAUGCCGGCAACGACCCUGAACCACCCACUGAUCCGGUCCUCUUCUUCUACCUAUUUAUUUAUGUUUAAGUCAUAUCUGUUUCUACAUUUAGUUCUAUUAAUUCCUAUGCUCAUUGUUUGAUUUGAGGAGGUUAAGCGAAAUGUUUCAUUACUCUUUUAAUCACACUAGACUUUUUUUUUUUGCUCUUAGUCUUUCUAUUCAUUGUCAUCUUGCCCUGAAACACUAUGAGGAAAUGAAUAGCCCUGUUGACUUUAUCUUAUUUGGAUAGAACAUUUUCAAUUGAACACAAUAAUUAGCCAAGGCAGUUAAAUUAGCUUUUUUACCCACAGAGUAGCACAGACCACACACACAUGUGAUUAAAGGAACUGGAGAGAAGGUAGUUAAUCCACCUUUUCAUGAGGAAGUGGUUUGAACCUUGCAACAGCAGCAGUCUGGUGGAGUCAAACAGUCCAUCAAAUUGUAACAGUCAGUCCAAAGCACAGCAUUUUAAACUGUGUCCAACUAGAAUUUUGGAAUAUUAUAAAGCCAGUGAUUUCUAUUCCUAAGCACCCCUUGUGUAAUAGGUUAUGAUAACUUUGUUAUCUAUUCUUUAUUUGUUUUGAUGGUUGAGCAGUUUUCUAGUGCUGAGCCACAGUAGCAACGUUAUGGUCAAAACAUGAAGUUAAUGUUUAAAAACUUAACUUGAGACCUAAUUAUAAGGGUACAGACAAUUCAUAUACUGUGAACACAAUAGCUGUGGAACCAAUUUUAGCACAUAUCGAUUUGUGUAAAGAUUUGAUGAAGCUUUAAUAAUAACUUAAUUAAACUUUUGUAUACUAAUAGUUUCACCAUUCAGGUUUAUGGGGAAAUACUUACUGCAAAUUGACUGAAUUUGGAGCAUGCUUCCCAGUCUGACUUAGCUCCUCCAAUGCAGUAUCUAAAAAAAAUAAGAACAAAUGCAAUCAAACUAAAAGUGAAUUUAAAAUGAAACCUGGGUGGAAUAAAAUCAGCAAUACAAUGAUAAAAUGGAGAAAUUGAACUGAGCACAAAUCUAAAUUUGGAUAAACAUUAAAAAAAAAGAUCACUGUACAAGUAUACACUAUAUAAGACUUUAUAUUCUUCAGCUAUUCGAUAUGCAUAUGUCAAAUAUUUGAAUAUUUAUAUAUAUAUAUAUAUAUAUAUAUAUAUGACAUACCCAUAAUCUCUCUCCGUCUCUAUCUUCCUAUCACAGUACCAGCAGAGGGAGAGAUUCAAACCACAAUGAGCCUCAUCUGUGACAUAAUGUUGUAUAAAGUUAAGAAACUAAAUGUGAUUUAAAAAUACAUAGAAGUAACAUGUAGUGCAUAAAAAAAGAAAAGAACAUGAACAUCGCCAGUUUUCCUUGACUUUAACCCCACCCCCAUCCAAAAAUCUGACUGCAACCCUGGGCCAGACCUCUCCCUCCCCUCUCCUUCAAACCCACACCCCUAUCUGCAUGCGCCACUGAGUCUUGUCGCGCUGCCCUUUUUCCUCCAUUCUAGCUUGUACUAUCCCCAUAUUUCCCUCCCUCUGUGGUGUCACAGUAGCAGUGUGGAGAGUUGUGGGUGUGGUUUAGAAUGUGAUAUGGGCGGAGUCAACUAAAUAAUAGGACUACCCACCAGCUUGCUGCUUCAAUGACAUCACAGCUGCCAAUAGUAGAAUGCAAAAGCAAUGCAAGUAUGUGGCAUGCCUCUGUACCUGGUUUGUGCGUACGGUGCCUGCCCUGGUAAAGAAGUAUAUUUAAAAAAAUAUGUAAAACAAGCUUCUUUUUUUAACUGAACAUAUAAACAAAUAUGCGUGUUUCAUUGUUCAAAGAAAUUGUUGUUGCAUGAAACGUCUUUGAAUGAAAAACGAGCAAGACAAAUACCAUCUUUAACACGGCAAGUCUUAAAAGUGGAGCUUUUUUUAAAUGUAUGUUCAUUUUCAUUCUCAAAAUAGUUUUGGGAUAUUGCGAGAUGUCCUUUUUAUCAUUAGAAGGCCUUGAAAAUGAUGUGCUGUUUUGACUAGAGAUCAGAUAUGGACGCUUCUUGGUUUUACUUGGGAGGACGUCCCUGUUUUAGCUAUGCGAGUUGAAAUGAAUCAAGGCAUCAAGAAUACAGUUCCCUAAAUACAACUUUGCUAGUUGCGUGUGCCAGUCAAAUUGGACGUAGCAUUCACCUGUCUCCCUUAAAAUGCCCAGUUAAGCUGUAUUUGAAUGCACUAGCGUCCUUAGGAAGAAAGAUUAAUGGCAGAUCAAAUCUGUGAUGUGAUAUUUCAACUGUGUAAACCCAAAGCAAACAGGCUAAAGUUCACACUCACUUGUGAUUGUGUGGCCAAAGCAAGCCAAAAAACAAUAAGUACACGAACAGUAUGAAAAUAUACCAGGAGAAUGAAGUUGUAGUCAAUCCCACAUCAAAAAAAUAAAUAAAUAAAAAUCCACAAAUGUCUUAACGGGAUUUACCACAGUGCUGGCAGAAGUGAAUGUAUACGGCGAUCAGCAAUGUAUUACAUAUAGAUCCAGAUUUAAACAGUGUUUGAUGUACUUGAGGUCUUUUGCUAUGAGUGUUAACCUUCUUCUGUAGUGCAACUGCCUUGAAAAUCCUUACUUUAUUAUUCUGAAUGCAAUCAGCAUGGAAUAAGGGAUUUUAUGUAUAAGGUGCAUGUGCUGUUCGCAGAUUGAAGAGAGCCUGUCUGUAUCGCAAGCAAGUGCAAGAACACCAUGAUCACUGCUUGCGGUUAACUAACCUGUUGACCAGAUCAUGCAACUAGUUUUGCACAUGCUAAAACUUUUGCACAUGCUAGAGGCUCAGUUAAAUUGGAUGUAUGUGUACAGUUAGUGUGAAAUGUUGGUUUAGACUGGUGACUCGAUUGGCUUGUGAUUGUCUCUGAAAGUUGGAGCAGCAAGACAGAACUUGACAAAGUUGUUAUGCAAGGAUAAAAAGCUGGGGUUUUACCCAAGUCAUAAAAAAAGAACAAAAACAAACAAAAAAACAAACAACAACACAGAAAUAAAGUGCAUUCUUUGUAUAUACAUUUCUAGUGUUAGCUUAAAAGAACAAUUGAUGAAAAGGCAUUCAGAUUGACCUUGGUAAGCUGCAUGAAACAGAUGGCUGCUAAGAAUGUUUCACUUAACAGUGGAGAAGGGAGUCUGGGAAGAUCCACACUGGUGGAUGGACUUGCUACAUCAUUGUCGCUCAUUAGAUGAUGUAUGGAACAAGACACCAAAGUGUGGAGCUGAUCCCUUCUCCUUUCAUUUUCCAGGUUGAUAGCACUCCCCUAACUCUAUUUUCCUUUCUUUAUUUUAUUUUUGUGUUCACCGAUAUAUCUAUAUUUUUAAACAAGUGUUUGGUUUCUGGUUCUUAUGAUCCACUACAAUGUAUCAACGGUAUUUUUGAGAAGUUAAAUUUGCCAAAGUUGACUACAUUUCCUUCUUUUGCCGUUUGUCUUUAAGAUGUUGCCACAACUCAUCUUUGUAGACCUCAUUUGGAAGUCAAGCCUAUGUGCCAUUUUAUCAAGCAAUAAUACAAAGUAUCACAGCUGGGGGGAAAAAAAGAGAAACGAACAUGAUCCGUGAGAUUAUAAAAAUGUUCAAAUGCUGCAUUGAUGUUCAAUCCCUCAUACUUUACUGGUGACAGUCGCUAAGAUGUUAUUAGUAUUGGCACAGCAACAUCACCACAGGCAAGCCAAGGCCUGACAAAGUGUGAAUGUGAAGUUUCUUUUGUUUGUGUAUAUUCUCACUGUUUUUAUAUAUAUUUUUGUUCCUUCAUUCUAAUUACAACUAACACAUUUACUUGCAUUCCUCUUAUGCUGUACGGAUACAAAGCGGGCAAAAACCUUUGUGGGAGUGGGAGAUGUCAUGGGCCUCUGAGAGUUGCAUCGUUGCUCUGAACCAUUGGCUGUUUUCAGAUAUCUCCUGAUUCACGAGGUGCACAAUCUCCAACAAUCUGUGACAGUAAUCAAAACAGAGAAAUCAACACCAGUUUCACAAGUGGCUCAAUACGCACAGGUUCAUAUUAACAAAGCUUUUAUGAUUUUUCUUGAAAAACAAAAACAAUUAACCUUUUUUAUUAACAUUUUAAUAUAUGUAAAGUUGUAAAGUGUAAUUUACUGUAAAUAGCAUUUGGGGACAUUUUGUAACAGAUACUAUAUGAAUUUACAUACAAUGUUUACAAAAACAAACACAAUAACAAUACUUUUUGAGAAACAAUCGCAAACUGAGACAGUUUGGACUACAAACUGCUUCUAUUUGCGCCAGUCAGAGCAAAAGCAACUUUCAGAGUCCCGGCAUCCUCUCAGCACUUAUUAGAGGCUCUUAGAAACAUUGCAAAGUGCUGGUGGGUUUAGCAUUUAUUGUAAAUUACCAUUAAUUUAUGGGUAAAUCCCUGGAAAUACUUUGGAAAUGUAUGGCACUUAAAAGAUGGCAGUGAUACUUUUCUUUCUUUGCUUUAGAAAUACCCAUGUUUACCAGUUUUAAGUUGGCUUCAUUUAUGUCAGGCUGUUGAAAACAUUUCAAUCAUUGGCUGCCUGUUACUCUAGAAACAAGCCCACACAAAGCACAGCAGGGAAAUGAUAUGCAGCCACACAUAGGGGGGCGGGGUCAGUAACCAUAAAAGGGGCUGGGCUUGGUAUGAUAAUGAGGGCUGGGUAGAAUUCAUUAGGAGUAUGUAAAAGAGGUUGAGCAUGGCAAAUCUGACCUUGCUUUACCUGUUUGGUUGCAGUGAUCUCCUGGUUCUUUGAGUCUGUAAUCGUUGUACUUGCUUGGUUUUCUUGAGUUUUGUUUAAAACCGCUUUUUAUGUUCCCCCUUUUCUCUUUUUCUUUCAUUUCCUCAAUACACAGGAACUUUGUAAAGAUGUAAAGAAAAGUUUUCCUGAUUUAUGAAAGAAAGGGAUGUACAUAAUGUAUCAAUUAAAGGAACGAUGCAUAAAGC